AUUGGUAGGUAUUUACCGUACCGUGUGUGAUAUGAAGGGUCAGUGAGGGUCAGUGUCCGGUAAACAUGUUGCUGGGCUUCAGACCGAGCCUCCGGCUGCUGUCUCACCGACAUCAGCGCCUGCAGAGCCGCUGCGUUCAGUCAGAAAACACCGCCACUAGUGCUGCUGUGGACAGCGUGCUCUCUGCACUCAGGUCUAUAUGCGGGGAGGAUGGCGUCUCAUUGGGCGCAGCUGUGAGAGAGCAACACGGCAGAGAUGAGUCUGUUCACAGAUGCUGUCCUCCAGACGUGGUGGUGUUUCCUCGUUGUGUGGAGGAGGUCAGCGCCCUGGCCAAGGUCUGCCAACAUCACAACCUUCCCAUCAUCCCCUUUGGCACUGGAACCGGUCUGGAGGGAGGGGUUAGCGCAGUCAAGGGUGGAGUGUGUUUCAGUCUGAGGAACAUGGAUCAGGUUCUGGAUCUCCACCCAGAGGACUUUGAUGUGACGGUGGAGCCCGGUGUGACUCGGAAGGCCCUCAACUCCUACCUGAGAGGCACCGGCCUAUGGUUUCCUGUCGACCCCGGGGCCGAUGCUUCUCUGUGCGGCAUGGCGGCCACCAGCGCGUCCGGUACCAACGCAGUGCGUUAUGGGACGAUGAGGGAGAACGUUCUGAACCUGGAGGCGGUGCUGGCUGAUGGGACCGUCAUACACACGGCUGGGAAGGGCCGGCGCCCCAGAAAGACAGCAGCCGGCUACAACCUGACCAACCUGUUGGUGGGGUCGGAGGGCACCCUGGGGAUCAUCACCAAGGCAACCCUGCGCCUGUACGGCAUCCCAGAGGCCAUGGUGUCGGCCGUCUGCUCCUUCCCCUCUGUGCAGGCCGCUGUGGACAGCACCGUGCAGAUCCUACAGGCAGGAGUACCCAUCGCUCGCAUCGAGUUUCUGGACGAUGUGAUGAUCGAUGCGUGCAACAGGUUCAGCUCUCUGUCCUAUGCUGUGAGCCCCACACUCUUCCUGGAGUUCCAUGGCUCGGAGCGCAGCCUGGAGGAGCAGGUCCUCACAGCCGAGGACAUCACCCAGAGUAAUGGUGGUUCAGAUUUCCAGUGGGCUCUAGAUGCAGGAACACGGGAGCGGCUGUGGAAAGCUCGUCAUGACGCCUGGUACGCUGCUCUGGCUCUCAGACCCGGCUGCAAGGCUUACGCUACAGAUGUGUGUGUCCCUCUGUCUCGCCUGCCUCAGAUCAUCGUGGAGACGAAGCAGGACCUGAUUGAGAACAGACUGACAGGUCCCAUAGCGGGUCAUGUGGGCGAUGGUAACUUCCACUGCCUCAUGGUGGUGGAGCCCAACGACCCCGACGAGCUGCAGAGGGUCCAAAUGUUCACUGAGAGGUUGGCCAGGCGGGCCCUGGCCAUGGACGGUACCUGUACAGGGGAGCACGGGGUGGGCUUGGGGAAGAGAGCGCUGCUGUGUGAGGAGUUGGGACCAGAGGCGGUGCAGGUCAUGCAGCACCUCAAGGACAGCCUCGACCCAAAGAACCUGAUGAACCCUGGGAAGAUACUGCAGCAGAGGGAGCUGUAGGCAGCAAUGGAGUCUGAGGGAAAGAGACAUCACACAAAGAGUGUUGGCUACUGACUAAAUCAAUCAGUCAAUUAUUUGUUCUAGAAUAUAUUUUUUGACGAGUCUUUUGAUUUAAAAAUCAUAUCGCUACUGCUAUUUCGUUGCGACGGCUGAACUGUGGCGACAGUAACCUAACUGAAAAUGAUGGCAGCACUGAUCGAGGUUUUCUGUAACUCUCCAAGUCUGUUCACUUUUUAUUUUCCAUUAACCAGUCUUUAAACACUGCAGAGUCCGUACCGUGUUCCUGUUAGUGUUUACUUCCUGUCUGUCUCCUUCUGCUGAGUUGUCCAGCACCCUGUCUUUCAACCUCUUUCCUUCUCUUGUUUUCUUGUUUUCUUUUCCUUUUCAUUACUAGGGACAGCUUAGCCAUCUUGAAUCCAAAGUGUUGUGCUCCCCACAAAUAUAAAAAUGAAUAUUGAAAAAGUAUUAAUGUUUUUUUUCUGAUGGGGGAAACCGAAUGAGUUUUUCAGACCAGAGCUGAUGUUAAAUUGACCGGACUUCUUUCUGCGUAUUGAUAGACAGCACAAGUCCCUUUAUCACAGCAUCCUUUGCAACAGUCACUAUCGAAAAAGAGCAGAUCACUGAAUAUCCAGUUUGACCAAUCAGAAUCAACUAUUCAGGUAAGCCAUGUGAUAAUGUUAUUUAUUGUGGGCCUUUGUGACUUGCCCCUGGGCAAGAACAGCCCAGGUGUUACUAAGAACAAUAACAACAAGAUCAGUGUAGUGACAGUGAGUGAGCAGGCCAAUUCAAGUCCAUCAAGAAUAUUUGAUAUGAAAUAUAAUAUCAUACCAUUGCUGUAAUCUGUUUUUGGGUUUUUCAUGCUAAUAUUAUAAAGCUGUAUUGAUUUGAGGACUGCUUUGUAUGAUUGCCUGCUAAUAAAAAAGCCUAUUCUGACUUUAAUAUACAGUAUAAUAAGUACAACAAAAAAAACAACCAGUUACUGAA